AUGACGGGUCAGAUCAUGAGUCGCCAGGAUCGCCAGUUGGCGUCAGUGGAUCAUCGUUCGGGUUUGGCGUCAGAGGCGCACGGCACUCGUCCUCAGGACUGGGGACUGGAAAGUGAUGGUCAAAGCACUUUUGAUUCCCCGCGGGCAUUGCAAAAAGUAAAGGAAAAGGGCCUGAGCGCACAGUUGAUGGACAGCUUUGAUGAAGAAUGGCAGAUGGCAGAUGCAACCCGAAAAGGGUCCAAGGACUUGGACUUGGAGCCUGGGCAGGUGGCUCAGUUUGGAAAGAGUCAAACGGAGAGAUGGCCAUACCGAUACCUGAAGAUUCGCAUGCAAGAUGUCAUUGAUGAUGAUUGGUCUUCCAAGAAGAAGUUCCACGAGCGAAGCCGCGUCAGCAGUUGCGAGAAGGCCAAAAUAACGAUGCCAGUCGGGGCCUUAGUGAGGAGAUGCAGCCCGACAGCGAUGCGGUGGUCAUUGUUGCCACUGGUUUGA